AUGGCAGACAUGGAUCCGAUGGACCCUUGCGACACCGCCCACGUCUCCCAGGCUUUCUUCAAUGCCACGUACAACUUUCGGAACAUGGUGCGAGAGAGGCCUUCCCUGUUCAACCCUGAUGCUCUUACAGCAAUCAACGGCGCUAUGGAAUGUUUCCCGCCAAAAAUCGUUCCGGGUCGAGCCAACUCCUACUUGCGGCCGGUGUCCAUGCAGCGCUGUACAAACAAGACCGGCUCGCAGGACUUUGUGGCUGCCUUCUAUCCGCACGUUUGGCGGAAAAUCAGUGCCCGGCGGCCAACGCGGCUGAAGAAGUGCCGAUACCUGGGUCAGAUGAUCACAGCCCUGAACUGCAUUGGCCACGACUUCGAGUCGUCCUUGGCUUACAUCAAGACGCACAGGUGGAAGGAAACCUACCAGGGACUCAUCCAUCUCAUAGGCAGGCCCGUCCCACGUUGGGUGGCCAAUUGGCCCAACGAGUCAUCUCUGGUCGUGCUGAGCUCUGGCAAGGGACGACUGCUGUUUCCAGCGCUUCAGGGCAAGCGAGCUGGAAAGGCGACUCUGGUGAGCUAUGCUGGAUCAUCUGAGUGGCUGGCGUCGAACUCUGCCUUCCGCUUCACCGCCAGAAUCGCUCGUGAUCUGAAUAUUUCGGGCCGAAACCUGACAUCGCAUUGCGGCAAAGGCUUCCCCAAAACGGAUGCUGCAAACGGCUUCCAGUACUUCCGCUACCCUGACAUUUGGAGGAAUGAUGUUACCAUACAGUAUCCGUGUCUCUUCGACACGAAGAAGCAUUGGCGCGGGCCCCAUAGCCGAACUUGGCUCGCCUCUUUCGUGGGGACGGAAACGCACUGCUCCAGGCGGGAUCUGCUGGAGUACUGGAUGCACAGGGAGGGCUCCGGGAUCAAGGUGAUGAACACACCUGGCGUGCCUGGAGUCUAUACAAAAACCCUUCAGACGAGCCGGUUUUGCUUAGUCUUAGACGGACAUUUUCCUUGGACGAUUCGCUACCUCGAUGCCCUUCAGCACGGUUGUGUGCCGGUGGUUUUGUCCGUUUCCUGGCACCCACCGCUCCACCGGCUGCUGGAUUGGAAGAGCGCCAUCGAUGGCCUUGGGUUCCCGACGGUCUUCGUGCAUCCCAGUCUGAUUCGAUCGCUGGAUGUAAUCUUGGGCAGCAUCGACGAGGACCUUUGGCUUCAAAUGCAGGAAGCCACCAUCUUUCUGGCGAGGGUCCUUGAUGCCAGGUACUCCUGGAGUGCGCACGCCAUCCUGGCUGAGAUCUUCUUGUCCAUGAUCGCGAGAACUUCCUCUUCGAGCUCAUAG